AUGAGCCGCAAGCGACCUGCACCCGGCACCGCCCCCGUCGUUCACCCUCAAGUGAACCAGAUCUCCAGCUACACCCCGACCUCUGGUUCUCCGAUCUCGAACGAUCAGUUUCUACAAUGGGGCCAGAACCAACCCGCCAACGCCGUCAAUCCUUCGUCCUUCCCUGAUGCGACACCGUACAGCCCCGCCGCCUUCUCGUCGAACCAAGAGAUUCCCGCGACCACGGCCACGGCGUCGACCCAACUGGCGCGCCGACAAACACCGAGCCAGGUGGCGACCCGGGGUCGCGGGUACGAACCGACGCCGACCGGCUUUUCAGACCAUGGAAGUUCUGCCGGGGAAGGCGGCUGGGGUGAGAGUCUCGACGAGCUGUAUCAACGAGCAUUGGUCGCCAAACGGGAAGCGCAGGCGAAGCGGAAACAAAUUCCUCCUUUUGUACAGAAGUUGAGCAGUUUCCUGGACGAGUCCAAGAACACCGAUCUGAUCAGAUGGUCUGAUGACGGUAAUUCCUUUAUCGUGUUGGACGAGGACGAGUUUGCGAAGACGCUUAUCCCGGAGCUGUUUAAGCACAACAACUACGCAUCCUUUGUCCGUCAGUUGAACAUGUACGGGUUUCAUAAGAAGGUCGGACUCUCGGACAACUCCAUGCGCGCCAGCGAACGGAAGAAUAAAAGUCCCAGCGAAUACGCCAACCCUUAUUUCAAGCGCGGACACCCCGAUCUGCUAUGGCUGAUCCAGAAGCCUAAGAACACUGCCGGACAAGGGAGCAAAUCUGGCAAGGGCAACGUGCGUGUGAAGACCGAGGAUGUUGAUGAUCAUGAGCAUGAUGAUUACGACGACGCUACGGGGGCCUCGCGCGAUGAACGAGCCCGCAACCGGCAGCUGUCCCUGGUCACAGGGGGCUUCAUGCAAAAGGAUCAGCUCGCGGGGGUGUACCGGGAACUGCAAGCCAUUCGCCAGCAGCAGCAAGUCAUCUCCAAUACGAUCAGUAAACUGCGGAGAGAGCAUGAACAGCUCUACGCGCAGGCGGCCAAUUUCCAGGAACAGCACACUCGUCAUGAGAACUCCAUCAACGCCAUCUUAACGUUCUUGGCUACGGUCUACAACCGUAGUCUUCAGGGACAAGACGGCCCGCAAAAUCUCGCCAACUCGUUUGCAGGAGCCAUCUCACAAGACCAAGGUAACGUCGUCGAUGUGGGCGAUGACUAUUCGCUGAGCACCCUCGGUGCUCCCAACUUGAAUAGCCCUAGCACACAACGAACGAUGAAGAAGCAACCCUUGCUUCUGAAGGCGCCGCCAGUAACAGAACCGCACGGCCGCGCGGCGACCCUGUCGCCCGCCAGCACGUAUGACCGCUCGUCUCGGGGCCACACUCGGCAACCCAGUGCAACCCAGCACGGCCUUGUCGAGGAGGUCUUUGACACCAGUCCUCGGCCGAAGGAGACAGCACAGUCGUCUCAGCAAAUCCCACAGCGAGACAUCAUGUCCGUCAUUCAAAACUCAAACGCGCGCAACGGGAUUGCGACUAGCUUCGCCGACUUCCCCAACGUGCUCUCUUCCCUGGAAACGUCCGGGGGCAACGUCCCCCUCACCCCGAACCAGCGCGCCGACAUGCUUCGGCUGAUGGCCAACGAAUCGCACCCUACCGACACCAAUCUCCCGGUGCCCUCGAACAACGCCUUAAUCAACCCUCACCCGCCGCCGAUGCCGCACAACUACACCACCCGCCUUGCAAACACGAGCGCCGAGAUCGACAACCUUGUGAAGAUGCAAGCGGAGCAAGACCGCUCCGUUCAGAACUUGACCAACCUCCUGCAACCCCUCAGUCCCACGGGCACCAUCCCGGGGGUCGGGGCGGACGGGAACGUCCCGCCUCCGCCGCUCGAUCUCGACCAAAUAUUCAACAACGACUACUUCACCGACGUCGGCGAUCUCGAGAACAACAAACACAACCUGGACUUUGGCGACUCGAUAGGCUCCGGCACCCUCCCCACCGAACACCCCGAGACCACCACCGCCGCGGACGACGGCACCAACGAACUGUUUGAUUUUGACCACAUCCCUGAGCAUGGUGAGCUUUUCGAUGGAUCGAACCCUCAACAGCAAACCCCGGGCUUCUACCCGGGCUAUGAUGGCAGUGGCUACGGCAGCAACACAGGGAACACGGGCAGCGGCGCGGCUGCCAACCCGCCAUAUCCCGGCGGCGACUCGGGACGAAUCGAGACCUUGACCGAUAGCGAAUCAACCAGUCCCAGCAACAACAUGGAGACACCGCCGCAGUACGGCGGUGCCUCGAAACCGAAUGAUUCUCAGGGAGGUAAGGGUCCUGGAGGCGGCGCGAAGCGGCGCAAGAAGGCUUGA